AGGAUUGAGCCCGAUAGCAUCGCUUUAGCCUGAAUAGUUCUAGAACUUUUACCCACAAUUCCUAGCGUGUUCAAAAUGGACGAACUGACGGUUGAGGUUCGCGGCUCCAAUGGAGCUUAUUACAAGGGCUUCGUUAAAGAUGUUCAUGAGGACUCGCUCUCUAUCUCAUUCGAAAACAACUGGCAGCCGGAGAGACAGGUCCCGUUCAGUGAAGUGCGCUUGCCUCCUCCUGCUGACGUGAAGAAGGAGAUCUGCGAGGGAGAUGAGGUGGAGAUCUACUCGAGGGCGAACGAGCAGGAACCGUGUGGCUGGUGGCUUGCAAAAGUGCGCAUGAUGAAGGGAGAUUUCUACGUGAUUGAGUACGCAGCCUGUGACGCCACGUACAACGAGAUCGUCACGUUCGAGCGCCUCCGACCCCUGAACCUCAACAAAGCUGUGACGAGAAACACCUUUUACAAGUGCACUGUUCCUGUUCCUGAUGAUCUAAAGGCUGCUUGUGAGAACGAGCUCGCUCAUAAGGACUUUAAGAAGGCUGUAGGAGCAAGCAGGAUCGUCUACAACCCUCAAACCUGUGAGCUGCUCAUCCUGUCUGUAAACGAGGUGACAGUGAAGAGAGUGUCUCUUCUGAGCGACAUGCACUUGAGGAGCAUCCGCACUAAACUCAAGCUCAUGUACUGGAACGAGGAGGCAACAAAGCACUUAGAGAGCACGAAGCAGCUAGCGUCAGCAUUCCAGGAGGAGUUCACGGUGCGAGAGGAUCUGAUGGGUCUCGCCAUCGGCAGCCACGGCACAAACAUCCAGCAGGCCAGGAAAAUUCCAGGAGUGACGGCCAUCGAGCUGGACGAAGAGAGCGGCACGUUCAGGAUUUACGGAGAGACUGCUGAAGCCGUCCAGAAAGCAAGGAGCUACCUGGAGUUCCUGGAAGAGUCGGUACAAAUUCCCAGAAAUCUAGUUGGCAAGGUGAUCGGUAAAAAUGGCAAAGUCAUUCAGGAGAUCGUGGAUAAAUCCGGGGUGGUGCGCGUACGGAUCGAAGGAGACAAUGACAACAACCUUCCCAGGCAAGAGGGGAUGGUGCCCUUCACGUUUGUCGGGACAAAGGAGAGCAUUGGAAACAUUCAGGUUCUUCUGGAGUACCACAUCGCGUACCUGAACGAGGUGGAGCAGUUGAGGUUGGAGCGGCUGCAGAUCGACGAGCAGCUGCGUCAGAUCCGCCCUGUUCCAGCACAUUCCACUGAGAAAGACAAAGAGAAGAGCUACAAGAUGGACGAAAGCGUAUCCGCUGUCUCGCUGCACUCUGGGCGCUCCUACACGGGCCGGGGACGUGCACGCAGGACCGCCAACCACAACUCAGCCUACGGAACAAACUCGGAGCACUCAUACAACUCAGAGACGGAUUCUGAGAGGCGAGACGAGCUGAGUGACUUCUCUCUAAGAGAAGACGAGGACGAGCGCGGCAUCCAGCCCAGGGACAGCAGAAGGAGAGCUGGAGGGGUCAGAGGUCGUGGUGGGAUGGGAGUCAGAGGUCGCGGGGCUGGAAGAGGGUCAGGGAGCACCAUGAGCUCAGUUCUGAAGGAUCCAGACCGGAAUCCGUACAGUAUUUUGGAUACCUCUGAGUCGGAUCAGACUGCUGAUGCAGAAGCGAGCGAGUGUGAACCGAGUUCUCGGAGCCGACGCUCGCGCCGCCGACGCCCUGAAUCCGAAGACAACACAUCACUCAGUGAGAAUGGCCUCGAUGAGCAUGAAUUUAAACCUCCGCGGCAAAAUCGCAGCCGUCGCCGACGCAUUCGGCCUCCAGAGGAGAGACAGCCAGUCACCGUGGCCGAUUACAUAUCACGUGCUGAAUCCCACAGCAGGCAGAGAAUGCCACAAGAGCUGAAGAAGAAUAAAAAAGACUUGGGUCAGGUGGACGUCAUAUCUGAGCACGGCGUCUCCCAACAGCUCACUAACGGCCCUGACGCUAACACUGAUGAGCAGAAAAAGGCACCAGGCGCUUCCACAGAAACGGCCCCCAGCGGGAAAACCGAUGUGGUCAAGCCAACCGUCGUUAACGGACUCUCCUAAACGCCCUGAUCUGUUCCUGUAUUCUUUCUCCAAACAGUCGUAACCUUUACAUUUUUACAAUAGUGCUUGUACGAGCUCGCCAAAGAUAGACACACACACACACACACACACACACACACACAAACACACAUACACACACACACACACACACACACACACACGGACUUCCAGAUUCUUCUCUCUGCUGCACUUUUCUGUUCCUUCACCGUGGAUCAGGUACGAAGGGAGAACACGAAAUAAACAAAUGGAGCCUUGAAGUGCAA